AUGUUUUAUGAUAGUGAUGAUGAUAGUGACGAUAGUACUGUUGGAGGUCAAUUUCUACAAUACUUUUUUGGAGAUGGUAUAGGAUAUGAUUCCUCUGAUUCAGAUGAAUAUUCAGACUCUGAUACUGAUGAUGAUCAUUUGCACAACACGGUGUUUUGGAACAACUUUAUGCAUGCGGGUAUGGCACUGCGCCCGGGUAUUGUGAGACAAUCUCAACAAGAGCUGGACGAUACUGACCGUGCCAGAGCUCACCAAGAUGACUGUUGCGACGCUCAAGAACCUGUGCAAGGCGUUCAACGUCAAGCUGACGGGUCGCACGAAAAAGGCAGACAUUGUAGGCGCGUUUGUCGAGUUUCAAGUCAAGAUGCGUGCCGAAGAGCAGGCCAAAAAGGAGAUGGACGGGUACCACCGUGGCACGGUGCAGUAUUCGUUGCCGCCAUACACGAUCAUCAAGAUAUUGACAUACUGCUGGCGAUUGCAGGUGCCGAGCGAGCCUGCCGAAGAACGCUUUGCGUUCCGUCGCCAGUUGUCGCUGAUGCUCAUCUCGAAAGAGUUUUACAAGUACGUGUCGACUCUGUUUACACAGCUCGAUCUCUGCUACGCACACGUGUACAAUGCCUACACGGACAACAAGUGCAAGUUGUAUCAGCACCUCAAACACCCAUUCUCGUCGAUCAAGAAUAUUGUCAAGCUGCGCAUCAUCGACAAGGAUUUUGGCCAGGUGCUCGACGCUGCCGGUCCAGACUACAAGCAGGUCUUUGCUAA